UUGUAUUUCACCAGCAUCCUGCUUUCACAACCCUUCAAAUUUAUCAUUGGACAUCAGAAGAAGCUGUUCACAAUUCAUGAAAAUGCCGUGUCAAGGCUCUCGAAAAGCUUGAAUGAUCUCCUGAAUGGAAGUAUGAAAGAAGCAAAUGAACAUUGCGUUUAUUGGGAAGAUGUUGAUGAGAAAACAUUCCUCCGUUUCGCUCAAUGGGCUUAUACUGGAGAAUAUUCUCCUGCAGAGCCAGAUCUCAUUACUGCUUCGGCUCAGCUCGCAAGCCUUAAACUGAGUUCGACGCCGAAGGCCUCAGUGGAUAAUACUGCUAGGUCUCUCGCUUCAUUCAAUAUUAAUAUCUGCUUACAAUGUCGAAAGACUCCCCAAAAAGUGUCGAAGAAGCAAUCUAUGAUUCAGGCAUUCAAUGAUAAUAAGGGGUUUUCAUCUCCAACGAUACUUCAUACGCCCCGAAAGAACACAGAGAGCUACGAAGAAUAUAGCGAAGUCUUCCUCUCUCACGCUCGCCUCUACACCUUAGCGGAUAAAUACGACAUACCCGAGUUACGAAAACUUUCUUUGCAUAAGAUCUAUGUCAGCUUGAAGGAGUUUACACUAUACCCGAACCGCAUUGGAGAUGUUGUUAAGCUAGUUAGCUACUCCUUUGAGAACACGAUUACAGGGGAUAGGCUACGCACUUUGUUAGUCGACUACUGUACCUGUAUACUUGAAGACAUGCUGGAGAAUGAGGGCUUCAAGGAUUUAGUAGAUAAAUCGCCAGACUUUGCAUUCGAAUUGAUAAGGAAGCUCGGAAAUCGUCUCGAUUAA